AUGGACUCUAUCCACGAUGCCAUUCUCGAUGUUGAAGGGAGACUAGACUUGGGAGAUGCGUAUGACAACGCGUUUGGAAUACAGACAAAGGGUCUUCCGGAAGGAUAUCGCUUAAUUUACCGUAAAGAGCCUGUCUUCUCGAUGGAGAAUGAAUCGUGGUCAGGUGGCAAACCGUUCGUGAUGAAAUUUCGCGACAAAUCUGGGCUUUUGAAAGACCGAAAUCUCAUAGAGUUGGUCCAGUAUAUCAUGCAGACCCGCCUACGCGUUGCGAAUCGUAUUGUCCAAGACGAGUGGGAGAUUGAUGGUAAACAGUUGAUACGUGCACUUCACGCGAGGGAUCAGCCGAGUCAGAAUAUCUCAAGUUUUGAGGACCAAAUGCAGCGACUACCGAUGGCUCCAACGAAAAUGAAUAAAGAACUUGUACGAACUCACCUUCAGCUCUUGAGCCGUUUCAAAGCAUCAUUGGAUGGGAGCCCGCGACCAAAGAACAGGUUUAUGAAGCACUGGAUCCCCUAUUCCAUACAAGAUCGACUUGUUUUACACGUAGUUCUUUGCACUACCGCGAGCUUUCUUUACGAAACCGGCCGCCUGCCAAAGAUACUGCUUCAUAUCCAUAGGGCCACGGCUACACAGAUGCUCAACAAAUAUAUUAGCUCUCCAACGCUGUGCACGAGCGACUCGGCUAUGCUUGCGGUCAACCAGCUUAUCCUGACGUCGUGGUACUGGAGCAGCACCGAGGAAUUACACGCCCACAUGGCCGGUUUCAAGAAGAUGAUACAACUUCGUGGGAGUUGUCAAGAUCUUGGGAUGGAAGGUUACACUAGUAAAAUCGCGCUAUUAAAUGAUGCCGUGAUUGCCUUGGCUCACGACACAGAAUCGGUCAUAUUUGGCCAACCCGGCUUCGAGUUUGACGAUCCUUUGCGGGUGCCAUUGCAGGUCAGCUUUAACUCACCGUUCCUCUUCAACUGUCCACCAUUCCUCAUCCCAUCUUCCACGCUCCGACUGCAUAAACAUACUGCCGAAAUUUUGGAUAGCAUGCGGGGCCUUUUGCAGGCAGUGGUCGAGUUGCCAGAUGAUGCAGAUGAGGUACAGCUCGAAUCGGUAAACCAAAUGUCAUCUUCAAUGCUCGCCUAUUUGGAACAGUUACCUGACCAAGUUGUUUUGGAGUCGGAUGGUGGUCGUGAUAUGUCGUCCAACAUUCCCGCUGGACAAAAGCGGAAACGCGAAGAAACCAAUGAUCUAGCCAUACCAACUAAGAGAGUCUCUGCCACAGACCCUACAGGAGCCAGAUCUGGUGAUGAUCCGCCUGAUAUGGUGUAUCUCGCCGUUCGACUAACUGCGCUCAUUUGGACCAGAGCCAUCUUUGAGAGGGUGCCGACAAAAGAAGUCUGUACCGAGGCAGAAUUUAUUCGAAUUUGGAGUUUUUCAUGGGCGGCUGGACUGGAUAGGUGGUCAACGUUGAGUGGCAUUUAUGCAUGGAUGAACAUGGCGAUUGCACCGGUGUGUCAUACGACUAUUCACGCAAGAAUGGUCAAGACACUGACAGUGACAACUUUUACAUAUAUGGGUACGGAGAACUGGCACGUUGCGGCUGAAAUUGCGUCUGCGGCGCUGAAGGUGCAGGCUUGGCUGCGAAAGGGCCAGGAAACAAAGCUGGGUGGAACAGUAAGCGGUGCGUUUGGGGGUGAAAAGGCGAUUGAAGACUUUGGAUUUGCAUUCAAGGAGAACAUGCCUGAUUUGCCGGACCAUCGAUAUGAAGACGAGGGUCAGGUUGAGGAUGUUGGAGAAUAA